CCAUUCUGUAGUGCUUAUGUUUAGAGGGGCACUCUUAUUCUGUAGUGCUCAUGUUUAGAGGGACACUCUUAUUCUGUAGUGCUCAUGUUUAGAGGGGGACUCUUAUUCUGUAGUGCUCAUGUUUAGAGGGAGACUCUUAUUCUGUAGUGCUUAUGUUUAGAGGGGGACUCUUAUUCUGUAGUGCGUGCUUCCUGUUGUAGAGUUGCGGUUAUCAAUGAGCACGGAUGUAAGUUUCUGCUCCUCUUUUAAACUCUUUAUUUAUAAGUUAUAAAUCGGGUUUUUGCAGGAUUCAGGUGUUUAAUCAGUGAACUCAGGUUCUUGUGUUUAUUUGGAGCAGGAUUGCGUGUUUACGGAAAGUAAAAGUGGUAAUAUUUAUAUAAUUUAAUAGUUUGUGAUUGUUUUGCUAACUCUCACACUGCAGGAAGCAUGGUUACGGUACAAACAGGAAAUAAAGAGAUUACUCCAGAUUAACUCCAGAUAUAGAGCACAGUUUGUUUUUGUGACUUUAUGCAAUUUAUAUAACUUGGGGCUAUAAAACCCUGUGCCUUUAAAGGUUUUAUGCAGAAACUAUGGUUUCUGUUCUUUCUACUAUUCGAGCUCGAGUUCACAGGAAACGUUGAAGGGCAUUUACCAUCAACAUUAAACAUUUACAGCUGUUUUUAAAUAUAAAAUAACUCACUGGAAAUUGUUUGCACCAAACUAUUUGAAUUGUUUUAUAUAUUUCAGCCAGAAUGUUAAUACAAUUAAAAUGUACUGCCACCAUAAAGCUGGAUUGUUUGUGUUCAGAGAACACUAUUAGUUAAAGACUUCAUCCCAUUCCUACUCUAGCUGGUAUUGGGGCAUCCCUACUUUUAAAUUAAUUUAAAUUCAAUGUAUUUGUGCUUAUUUUAAUAAUUAGACUUCUAAUGCUACAUUGUCUAUUUCAGAGCGACGUUCUAAAGAUUUAACAUUCAAGUGUUAUUAUCAAAAGAGUUCUUGCCUUGGAAUUUGUAUCAGAUUGGAACUGAUAAAAUGUGGAGCUGUCAGUCGCUCACACUAGGCCACUGUAAGUGCAGUUUUAUUGUAUGUAUGACCCCACACACAGCACAGGGAGUGGAUAAAUUCCACACAUGUAGUGUGGACUGCACCAGACUGCAGAUCUCAGUCAUUUCUGUUUCCCACCUCAGUUUAAGAUUUAGGUUUUCUUUUUUUUUUAUGUUUCUUCCAGAAAUAAAUGCUUCCGAGUCUUCUUCUGCUCCAGUGUCCACUUUCCUACCUGGCCGACAUUUAACUACUGAAGAGGGAAAAACAUGGCAUCCAGAAAAAUCUCUAAAACUCAGCGAACAACCUCUCCUAUACCUUGCGAGCAAAUGACGAAAAGUAAAGGCAAAAAGAAAACUCACGAAUGUUCAGACUGUGGGAAAAGUUGUUCUACACCGAGUAAACUACGAGUACACCAGCGCAUUCACACCGGGGAGAAACCGUAUCAGUGUUCGGACUGUGGGAAGAGUUUUACUCAUCUGCAUACUCUCCAAAUGCACAAGCGCGUUCACACUGGAGAGAAACCCUAUGAGUGUUCAGACUGUGGGAGGAGUUUUACUCAUCAGGGUACUCUCCGAAUGCACCAGCGCGUUCACACUGGAGAGAAACCGUAUCAAUGUUCGGACUGUGGGAAGAGUUUUACUCAUCAGGGUACUCUCCGGGCGCACCAACGAUUUCACAGAGGUGAGAAACCGUAUCAAUGUUCAGACUGUGGGAAAAGCUUUGGUCAACAGACUCAUCUGAAAACACACCAGCGCGUUCACACUGGAGAGAAACCGUAUCAAUGUUCAGACUGUGGGAAAGGUUUUAAUCAAAAAAGUCACCUCAGGGUACACGAGCAAAUUCACACAGGAGUGAAACCGUAUUUCUGCUCAGACUGCGGGAAGAGUUUUACUCAUCAAGGUCAUCUCAGAACACACCAGCGCGUUCACACUGGAGAGAAGCCGUAUCAGUGCUCAGACUGCGGGAAGAGCUUUAAUCAGUCGAGUGCUCUUAAAUCACACCAGAGCGUUCACACUGUAGAGAAACCCUAUCACUGCUCAGACUGCGGGAAGAGUUUUAAUCAGUCCAGUGCUCUUAAAUCGCACCGGCGCACUCACACAAGAGAGAAACCAUAUUACUGCUUUGAGUGUGAGAAGACCUUCAGACAUUCAGGAAGUUUAAAGAUUCACAAAAAACACCAGCGCAUUCACACAGGAGAGAAACCGUAUCACUGCUCAGACUGUGGAAAGGAUUUUAGUAAUAGUAGUUAUUUCAUAAUACACCGGCGCAUUCACACAGGAGAGAAACCGUAUCAGUGUUCAGACUGUGGGAAGAGUUUUCGUGAGAGUGGUUCUUUCAGAACACACCAGCGCGUUCACACAGGAGAGAAACCGUAUCACUGCUCAGACUGUGGGAAGAGUUUUACUCAUCUGAAUACUCUCCAAAUGCACAAGCGUGUUCACACAGGAGAGAAACCAUAUCAGUGUUCAGACUGUGGGAAGAGUUUUACUCAUCUGAAUACUCUCCAAAUGCACAAGCGCAUUCACACUGGAGAGAAACCGUAUCAGUGUUCGGACUGUGGGAAGAGUUUUGCUCAUCCUGGUACUCUCCAGAUGCACCAACGAUUUCACCGAGGUGAGAAACCGUAUCAGUGUUUAGACUGUGGGAAAAGCUUUGGUCAAGAGUCUCAUCUGAAAACACACCAGCGCGUUCACACUGGAGAGAAACCGUAUCAGUGUUCAGACUGCGGAAAGAGUUUUAAUCAAAAAAGUCACCUCAGGGUACACGAGCAAAUUCACACAGGAGUGAAACCGUAUUUCUGCUCAGACUGCGGGAAGACUUUUACUCAUCAAGGCCAUCUCAGAACACACCAGCGCGUUCACACUGGAGAGAAACCGUAUCAGUGCUCAGACUGUGGGAAGAGUUUUAAUCAGUCGAGUGCUCUUAAAUCACACCGACGCGUUCACACUGGAGAGAAACCGUAUCAGUGUUCAGACUGUGGGAAGAGUUUUAAUCAGUCGAGUUCUCUUAAAUCACACCGACGCGUUCACACUGGAGAGAAACCGUAUCAGUGCUCAGACUGUGGCACAAGUUUUACUCAUCAGAAUACCCUACGAAUACACCAGCGCUCUCACACUGGAGAGAAACCGUAUCAGUGUUCAGACUGCAGGAAGAGUUUUACUCAUUCAGGUGCUCUUAAAUCGCACCGGCGUGUUCACACAGGAGAGAAACCGUAUCACUGCUUUGAGUGUGAGAAGAGCUUCAGGUGUUCAAAUAAUUUAAAAAUGCACAAGUGCAUUAAGAAGGGUCAUUAAAAAAGAAAUUUCACACCAAUGGCUACAACACUAAAACAACUUAAAUUAAAACACUUGGGUAACUUAUAGAGGAAAAAUCUCAAACACUUAAACUGUUUCUGAGGUAAAAUCAUAAAACAACAGAUUUGUGUGGAGAGGUACCAGUGAGGACUUAUUCACUGAGCUCUUUAGCAGUGUCACAGUAACACAGGACAAUGGAGAGCUGUUUGUUUGUCAGAGAGAUGUGUUGACAUUUUAAGUAAGUAAGUCUAUAUUCAACUACACAUAAAGACAUAUAAAGAGGUGUCUACAUGGAAUCUUUAAAUGGUUAUUUGGCUGCAUAAGGUUUUAUAGACCCAAGUUACAUUAAACAUGAACUGAACAUGCAGCAUCACUGAACAUGCAGCAUUAUUAUUAUUAUUUUUGCAUGUACGGUCAAAUAUAUAAGAUGCACCCUGUCUAUCUACGAGCCCACCUCCCUUCCCAUUUAGGAAAUAAUCUGAAAUCAUUCUAACUGAUGAACUAAAUCCCUUAGUUGCUUAGGUCAACAGGACCAGGCCACUAAUAUACCAAAUUAAUGAAUAGAUGCAGCUUCAGAAGCAGGAAGAGCUACUCUACCUCACAGACUACCAGAGGUACAUGAAGACACGUGUAAAGAAGCAAAUUAAUGACAAAAAUAAUCUUAAAUCUUACUUUCUGGGACCAGUGUUAAUGUUGACAGAUGAUUUUGAUUUAGUUUUAGUCUUAGUCUUUUAAGUAAAAUGUAUAAAAGUUUUAGUCAAUUUUUUGUCUUUUGGUUAUGAGUUUUAGUUGACGAAAAGCAACAUUUUAGUCUAGUUUUGGUCUAAUUCAUUUUAGUCAAAUAAAAAGUACAUGUUACGUAUUUUUAUAUUUUUAUUUUAGAUGUUGUUGUUAUUUUGUUUACAUUUUUGUUUAAAUAAAAGAUUAGCCUUUAAGUUCAGUCGCAUUUAAAUCAUGCUAAUGUUAAAAUGUUUUAAAGCAAGUGACCUGUAAAGAUAAAGCCAAAUAAAGGACAAAUAAAGCCAAGUUUCUGAAACGAUACACUUCUACUGCAGUACAGAUUUAUAUUAACAUUUCUGACUUUCAGUAAACUAGAUUUACAUUUACUGAACAAGUGUAUGUAAGUGUUAUUAUCAGUACAGUGAUGGUGGCCCUCUGAGCUGAAGCUAUAGGAGUUAUAGGAUGUAAACAGUGGUGAUUAAUAAGUUUAUUCUGCACUUUUUAAGUUAUUAAUGCCUUGUUUUAAAUAUCAGGGCUCUCCGGAUUCUAGUAAGGAGGUGUGGAGCUACUUUGAGCUGGAUAACGGUGUAAAAAGUGAUUUAUCAGGGUAAAUUAUGCCCCGUAUCUCCCAGUCUGAAGGGUGUUUGUUGAAUAAACUGUUAACAUUUCUGGAUCUCUGAACGCUGUGGGAGAACGGAGGUGUGCUAUUCAUCAAAGGUAAUAAUUUUUUAUCAUGUUUUACUACAACAAAAGUCCAUUUUACACUGGAGUUCGUAGUUCUCAAGUAUUAAUUUUAGUAUUAUAAUUUAGUAGUUUAGUAUUAAUUAAAGUUCUCAGCUUGUUUUUGUUAUGAAACAUAGGUCGUCACCGAAGAUGCGCCCUUUACCCUGGUGAAAGGGGAAUCCUAAUGAAUGGAUGGACAAUUGGCCUUCAAAACUGGGGAAAACAUGAAAUAAAAUUAAAGUAAAAUAAAAAUUCUUACCUGAUAUACUUACCCAUUGUAUGUAUCUAAUAUGCUUAUGUUAUACUCACCUGUGAUACAUAUCCAUUUUACAUGCCAAUAUAUCUGUGCUCACUGUAGUCCUGAAAGGUGGAGCUUCCUCUGGGGUAAACUAAUAGUAAAUAAGCUUGUCGAACCUGCAGGAGAAAAUAUACGUUAAAGAAACUGUUAACUGAACUGAUAAUGUUUAUUACUAUUUAUGACCUGAUGUGUACGAUUUUUUGUACAGUUUUGCCUUAUGUAGUAUAUUGUUAUUUCCUAUUAAAGAAAUACUCGAGUUGUAA